AUGAAUGACUUCAAGCCCAAAUGGAAUGAACAAACACAUGCCUAUGGCUCUGUAAUCUUGCAUGUACGUGAUGAGAAUCAUAUAGCCUUCCAUGGUGAUUCUCCUAGUGAGGGGAAUGAACUAGUCCUUCAUUCUAGUUUUGGAAUGCCAAGUUUACUUUGCAGGCCAAUCAAGGAAGAAAGGAUGGAUCUUGACUGCCUAUGUGAUAGGGAGUUGGUUCAAAAGAGCUAUGAUCAAGGUGAUGAGAACGUCAUUAACUUUGGGGUUCAAACCAAAGGAGAUGAUGAUCUCAUGGAAAUAAGUGCCCAAGAGUAUCAAGAGAGUUUGACUCUAGCUAACACUAAUGGAGAGGGACAUGUUGCUGCCAAUAAUGGAGAGGACGAGCAAGUUGAGGUCGUGAAUGCUAAUGGAGGAUCUAAAGAUGCUGCUUUAAAGAAUAAUCCUUACAUCUGUGAUCCACUCUCAAACAUUGUUGGACCAAUGAAUCAUGCUAGACGCAAGAGGAUGAAUGAAUCACUUAAUAGUCUAAUUGUUACUACAUGGGCUAAGGAGGAAAUUAAGCUUGAUGAUUACAAGCCCAAGACUAUUAAUUUGUUGCAAGUAACACCAAAUGGACAUAGCCCAUUUGGAGAGAAGAAUUUCGGCCCUCAAUCCUCAAAGGGACCGCCGGCCACAUCUCCUCAUGUUGGUCGAAUUGCUCCCUAA